AUGGCAAUUCAGCAGAUUGUGUUCUUUUCUCUUUUGUUGAUGAUGUUGUUAUUAUCUGUGUCGGGCAAGAACAACCAGUCUGAGUUCUUUGAUCUUAUGAAGAAGUCUCUGUCAGGAGACUUGAUGGCUGGCUGGGAUGGAAAACAUGUUUGCAACUAUUCCGGGAUUGGGUGUGAUGAUCUUGGUUAUGUUGUGAAGAUCGAUAUUUCUGGGUGGUCAUUAUCAGGCCGGUUUCCAGAAGGCGUCUGUGAUUAUUUGCCAAAGCUGCGAGUUCUUCGCCUCGGCCAGAAUCAUUUCCAUGGAAAUCGGUUUCCUGUCGGCGUCACCAACUGCUCGGUGUUGGAAGAGCUAAACAUGACGGGUACAUAUGUGACCGGAGCUUUGCCGGACUUGACGCCUUUGCAGGCUUUAAGGUCACUUGAUUUAUCCUUCAACCUCUUCACCGGUGAGUUUCCUUUGUCGGUCACUAAUCUCAGUAAUCUUGAAGUUCUCAAUUUCAAUGAGAAUGGCGGGUUCAGCCCGUGGCGGCUACCGGCGAAUAUCACCGGGCUGAGAAAGCUCAAGAGUCUGGUGUUAACGGCAUGCAAACUCUCCGGGGGAAUUCCGGUGGGGAUUGGGAGCAUGGCCUCACUGGUGGACCUUGAAUUGAGCGAAAAUGGCAUGGUGGGAAGGAUCCCGGGGGAGCUAGGGAUGUUACCCAACUUACAACUUCUUGAGCUUUAUUACAAUCAACUCGACGGAGAAAUCCCGGAGGAGCUUGGGAAUUUAAGUAACUUGGUGGACUUGGAUUUGUCCGGGAACAGAUUAAUCGGCAAAAUCCCGGACUCCAUUUCCUGUCUUCCCAACCUACAAGUCCUUCAAGUUUACAACAAUACUCUCUCCGGCCAAUUCCCGGCCGGCCUGGCUAACUCCACCACCUUGAGAAUCUUGUCCCUUUACGCCAAUUCCCUGUCCGGGGAAAUCCCAGAAAACUUUGGGACGUCACCUUCUCUGGUCGUUUUAGAUUUGUCGGAAAAUCAAUUCUCUGGAAAGCUACCACCAAACCUGUGUAACGGAGGUAAGUUGACGUACAUCCUUCUUCUCCAGAAUAUGUUCUCAGGGGAAUUGCCGGAAAGUUAUGGGAAUUGCCGGAGUGUUGUGCGGUUUAGAGUGAACUAUAAUCUUUUAGAGGGUAAGAUCCCAGAACACAAGUUAAAUGUUUUGUUCUAA